CAUACCCACGCCAGAACGCACAACCGCCUCCAUCGCACACCCUCUUCGGCCGACCGCGGCGAUUGUUGGAUUCUCGAGUCGCCGUCAUGCUGUCCCGCGCCCUCACCACCGCGUUCCGACGUCCAUGCUCAACCCAAACCCUCCGCACCACCCUCCGCACCCGCACCCAACACAUCCACACGCCAACAUGCUCCUGCGUACGACCCACCCUCUCCACCUUCCGCGCGCAAGCCUCACAACAAUCGAACUAUGGAAUCCGAGACCUCGUCUCAGGCUUCAAUGGCCUGAGCAUGGGUGGACGGAUACAAACGCGCGGCAUGAAGGUGCGGAGUUCGGUCAAGAAGCUGUGUGAUGGAUGUAAGAGCGUAAGGAGGAAGAAGGGGCGAUAUGUGUACAUCAUCUGUUCGAAGAAUCCUAAGCAUAAGCAGAGGCAAGGAUAGAUGCAUUUGUGGAUACUUGUGAGGCUAGGAGAGGAAUUUGGGAAUAUCUUGAGUGAUGGGUUGAUGGAGAGCGACAACCCGAAAGGAGGAGGAGCUGUAUCAUAUGUAUGCAUACAAAGGC